CCGGGCCCUGCCGGCAGAGGCGGCGCGGCCGCGGGCGGGGAUGAGCCGGGCCGCUCUCCGCGCCCACACUCGCUCCGGCCGGCGGGGCGGCGCGGCCGCGGCCAUGCGGGUGAAGAAGGGCGGCGGGGCGGCGGCGGCCGCGGGCCCCGAGGACGAGCUGCUGCGGAAGCCGCUCAUCGGCCCCGAGGACGUGCUGGGGCUGCAGAAAGUCACGGGCGAUUAUUUGUGCACUCCUGAGGAAAAUGUGUACAAGAUAGAUUUCACCAGGUUUAAAAUCCGAGACAUGGAGUCUGGCACGGUACUGUUUGAAAUCACCAAACCACCUGCCUCAGAACGUGAACAUGGUGAUAAAAAGGAUGUUGACCCUAAUGCCGGACGCUUUGUUCGCUAUCAGUUCACCCCAGCUUUCCUUAGACUUCGGCAGGUUGGAGCCACGGUAGAGUUCACAGUAGGGGACAAGCCUAUUAAUAACUUCCGCAUGAUUGAGAGGCACUACUUCCGGGAUCAGCUGCUCAAGAGCUUUGAUUUUGAAUUUGGGUUCUGCAUCCCCAGCAGUAAAAACACUUGUGAACACAUCUAUGAAUUCCCACAGCUCUCGGAGGAUCUCAUUCGAGAGAUGAUCCUUCACCCCUAUGAGACACAGUCGGACAGUUUCUACUUUGUAGACAACAAGCUGGUGAUGCACAACAAGGCAGAUUAUUCGUACAGUGGAGGACCAUGAGUACUGAGUGGACAGCAGAGCCGUGCUGGCCUUUCCUUUCCUGUAGAAAUUGUCAGGGAUUCUACCACCUUCCUGCAGUUGACUUCCAGGGUCAGCUGAGCACAGGUCCAUGAACCAAGGACUCUUUGCUUGUAGGAGUUUCAUGACUAAACUUGUUGAAGUCUUUCAUCUUCCCUGAGCUUUGAAGCAGAACCCAGUCCUUCAAGAACUCUAAACACAGUUCCACUCCAAUGAGUGAUCUUUGGUCACCAGAGUCUAGGGCUCUUUAAAUAGUUCUGUGUAAAAAUGUCCUGAUAUAUCAUCCAGUUAGUAUAAAUCCAGGAAUUCUGGGCCCAAAUUCUCCAGAUCCAUGUUUUCAUUAUUAUGCCUCUCUUUGCACAAUUGCUCUCUCUUGGAAUGUGGGGUGGAAGAGCCUGUGAACAAGCAGAAGUCUAAUGCAAAUACAGAGAUGCAUAUCUUUAUCUGAUUCUGUUUAUGAAUGUUUCAAAGGGCACAGUUUUAAUCCUAACUCAUUUGUACAUCCACAUAAAAAUGUCUUGUCUUUAAUCCUGAGAAGCAAAAUGUAAGUGUGAUUUUAGAGAGAGAGCACCUCUCUAAAUCUAUAACUCAGCACAUGUUUUACCUCCACAUAACAUUUCCUGUAAGGUAUCCUGGAAACAAUGAAACUCACACUGAAGGACAGUAAUUCAAUGACGGGUCUGUCUUAAACUGCCCUUUUUUUCUGCCUCUGUUAGAAACCUAUUAUUGAGGGUCUGCAAGUCCCCACAAGCGUUGUCCUCUUUCAUUUCAGCUUCUGUGUUCUUUGCUGAAUCUUCCAGUCAAGAAGUAGAUAUGUUUUUAGUUUAGCUUGGCAUUAUCAGGCAGUUAAUUUUCAGCCUGUACCUGGUGUAAGCUUUUCUUCCCUGAAUCAGAUUUCUUCUUUAGCUACCUGUAGAGACAAGAUGCUUCAGUAGGGUUGUCAGAGGAAAGUAGCUCCGUUUCUCAAAGGUGAUUCGAGCGAAUGGACUUUCUGGUUUUUCUUUUAUGUCUGAAUUUGAAGCAUUUUAUGGUCAAGUGUGUUUGGUUUUUGUCCAAAAUUUUUUGGGCCAGCUAUUAAUGUCUCAGAGAUCAUAAAUUUGACACUGUGCAUCUACGGUCAGUGUACAAGACAGGUUAGCCAAAAUGAUGGCGCCCAUUCCAGUCCUGCGUAAGGCGUUUAGGAAUGGUUUUGCCCAAGUUUCUCAUAGUAUGCUGCUCUUUGGAGCAGGGAAGUUGAGAGGAGAGGCAAAAGCAAGCUAAUGAAUCAGAGAGAAUCUGCUGUACUGUACAUUAGAAUAGAUAAAAAUCAAUUAAAAGGUCCAAAAUGAACAGAAGCAAAGGAAGAAAGCUUUCUUCCUUUUGUUUGCAGGCGACUGAUGGUCAUGAAACCCUCACUCAAAAAAUUUGGUUCACUGGUAUCAGAAAAAUUAAGCUUGCAGUUUAUAGCUAUUUCUAUGAAUACAUUGUCUUCAUGUCUAAUUCUGUGAGUUAAGUGGAACAUUAUACAUUAGCCUCAGACAGGUGCGAUUGUAAUAAUUUUUUAAAAUACCAUUUCCAGUUGUUACUAACACCUUUCCUCCAGUCACAGCCUACUCAACCAAGAAAAUUGCAAACUAUUCCAAAUGUAACCGUCCAUCACCUGAAAAGGGAGGCCUUGUCUGAGAAAGCUGCCAUCAGUGGGAUUGUGAUAAUACUAAGGGUCACUGUUUGCUCUUAGUUGGCUUGUUUUUUACGUUUGACAGUUGAUUGUUUUCUGAGGCAACUGCAGCAGGUGGGGACACAACACAGAUCAUUCUUAGUUUAAAAAAUUAACUGUAGCCAAAGUGUGUGUACGCAGUUCACUGCUAUAACAAAACAGCAAAUACUACCCAGAUGAGACCGGUCAUCAUGACCGCUUCUUUGUAUUGUAUCUAACUGCAAAAUCAGCCCAGGGCUGACUUGUCCAUUUUAAGAUGGUUAUAAGGAAUUUUCCCAAUUAUUUUUAUAUUCGAGUCUGAUCAGCCAGGUAUCUUAGCACAGUGAAUCAUCCGAAAAUGAAAAACAGUUUACAAAAAACGUUGGACAAUUUAAAAUUGUUUUUUGUAUUUUUUUUGCAUCAGGGCUGUUAUACUGUCUUGCAAAUCAAGAGACUUUCCAAACUCAUGGAAAUAUUGAACAGCUUUUGAAAUAGUCAAUAUGUAUUAAUAUAUAAAAAAUACACUGUUAUUUGGAGACAGUAGAGUCUUUUUAGCCAUUACUCCAUAUACUUCCCCUAUACUAAUAUCUUCCAUCACUCAUUCAUUGUCCAUAUUAACCUCUUUUGUGCUUAAUUAUAACAGCUACAUACAGCAAGUGUGCCUGUCCAGGAGCAGAGAGUUAAAAUGUCAUCAUCUUUUAAUGUCUCAGUCCACUGCUGUGAAAGUGAUGUCAGUUCCAUGUCACCUUUUAGCUUAUCUUUUCAUAUAUUGGGUGUCAUCUCAAGGAUCUUCUUGGUAUGUGAUGUUGUAACAAGCCAUUUGGGAAACACUCAAAUUCAUUAGUCCCCAGCUCCUUUUCACACUCUUUUUGCGACCUCUUGUUGCUCUUUUUAAAGAUUCCCUUGAAGUGUUAGUUGAUUAUAGGAUUAAAAAUGUUAUAUCUUUUGAAAUGGGAAGUGGCUAAACAAAACAUGCUGUGGGGUUGCCUGCUUUUAUCAAAUUAUAGGAACAAGAAGCUAGAGAAAAGGUACUUCGUUCCCAGAAGUGCAAUAAGUUACAGAAUGAGCUUCUUGGUACACUGCAUUUUAUUGCAAGUGGGAGGCUAAGUGUGUAAAAGAAUGAAAUAUUCAUGACCAGAUUCUGGGACUAGUUUGGCAAACUGAUCAUGACCCAUGUUCAGGGGGGUUAUAUUUUCAGGCUAGAAAAAAAUCCAAUCAUGAUUUAUGUAGAAAUGUUUAACAGCUAGUUAGUUUGCCCAGUCCUAUAAAUAAAAAUGCUGAUAUCCUUUAAAAUAGAGGAGAAAAAUUUUCAGCCAUUAAUGGAGUAAAUUACUUGAUUAUCUUUUGGCUUUGGGUUUUCAAUGGCUGCUUUAUAAGUUAUUCUUUUCAAAAAUCAAAUGUGGAAAAAAAACUGUCAAAGUGCUAAUAUUACAAGACAGCCUGAGAUACAGUUAUGAAUUCUUUAGACCAGUAUGAAGCUUUCUCUAGAAGUGUUAUGAAGACAGAAUUUUACAGUCCACUGUAACUGUCAUUCUGUAGUUGCAAACAGUUUUUCACCUAGAGAGCUGUAUGCUGUCGUAAAUUGUUUCCAACUUGUAAAUAAUCUAAGAUUAAUUCAAAAAGAAAAAGAAAGGCCUUGGCUAAUGGACAGGUUCCAUUUCUACUCUGGCUGCUCAUGCAGAAAUAUGCUGUGUAAUAUUGAUGCAACAUCCAUCGAAUCAUACUGCACAUGAUAUCUGUGAAAUAUAUAUGAAAAAUCUAGUAGGAGCAUUUCCAAUAUAUUCAUAGUUUUAGUGCAAUUUUAUGAGGAAAUUAUUAUUUUUUUCCUUCUUCUGGGGCUUAUUUUGUAACAAACUUCUAAUCUUUCCUCUGAUCUUAAGAUGGGUCACUUUUUUUGAGAUAUGAAGGAGCAGAGUUACAUAUGAAAGAAACUGUCUAUAAGAGAUCAUUUUAAAACCAAAUGCUUAUAAGAUGCUGAGUGCCUUCAACUACCAUUGGUUUGAAUGGGAAUUAAAAGCACUUGGCACUCUUCUAGAAUCAGGCCCAUGACUUCUUUUAAAAAUUGAUACCUUAUUUUUGGCAAAAGGUAGAAUUGAAAUUAAAACAUUUUUCAUUCAUUGUUUCCAGAAGGCUCUUAGUUACUCUCCCUGUAGCUGUUACUCUGUAUUGACUAUUAAUCCAUGCUGGGUUUACCUUUUCCAGGCUCUGAAAUCCUAGCUUUCCAGAUGGGUAUUGCAUUCACUUUACACCCAGCAGGUCAAGCCAAGACAGUACACCUUAAAAUUGGGUUUCAGAGUAGCAGCCGUGUUAGUCUGUAUUCGCAAAAAGAAAAGCAGUACUUGUGGCACCUUAGAGACUAACAAAAAUGUUCUUAAAAUUGGGGUGUUCUAAUUACCCUCUUGCACCCUCUUCCCCAGCCCCACAUAUGAUUUUAAUAGCCACUGUAUCGAGAAUUCCAUGUAUGACAGUACCAUUUGAGAGUCUGGGACCCUAGUUUGCAAUGAUAUAAAGGAUUAUCUCUAACGUUAUUGAUUUGUAAGCCACUGGCUAUUAAAUGUUGGAACUGAAGCGAGAUAAAAGAGCAAGAGGGUAAUCAAGAUGACGAGCUUUUAGAGAUUAGAUGUUCCUUAUUAUUAAUAUAUUGAUCAUGUCUUUUUUCUUAUUUGUUGAAUUAACUUUGUAAAACCCUUAGUACUCUCUGGGAACACGUUAAUAUUUUCCUGCACUGUGCUUCACUUAAGUGAAGUUUGAUGCUGUAGGAGUUCCUGCUGUUGCUAAUGUUCAUAGACUUUAAGGCCAGAAGGGACCCUCAUAAUCAUCUAGUCAGACCUGCACUGACAUAACUCUUCUUGAAAUAAGGAAAUCAAUUAUGUCUCAAUUUAGUUAUUCUAAGUGGACAAAGUAUUGGACUUUCUCUUUUCUAGAUCUUUAUAAUUUAAGUUCCUUGGAAAUAUAGGGAGGUUUUCAAAUAACAAAAAUAACAUAAAUUAAAUUAAUACCUGUACUAUAUGGUCCAAUAUUUCACAGAUUGCUAGACUAGAAACAUAUUGUUGGAACGGGACAAAUGCUUUCAAGACCAAUACAUUUUUACAUGCUCUGGCCUUGGACCAAUGAUGAUCAAGAGAAAAGACUCCUGCAGAUAUAGUAUAUGUCCUUCAUGCUGUGAGAUGGUUUGUGCAUUAAUUGACUAUUCCAUUAUCAUCGUUGACUGGGGAGGAUUUUUGAGCCUGAUUAAAUGUAGGCAGUCUCUUCAUUUCAAGAUUAAAAACAAGAUGUUAUGUUAAUGUUCUUGCUCACAGUCUCUUUUGUAAUAAAAAGUCUUGUAUGAGCAGAUCAGUAAGAUGGAACUGCUUGGCUUGUCUGUCAGCCAUUGGGUCACACUGAAAAUGCUCGUACAGGGUAGCAAAAGUGCAACCUGCAGCUGCACAUAUCUUUAAUAUAGAGAUACAGGCUAAAAGUCCCAACAUGCAAGCUUCAUCUUAAUCCACACUGCCUACUCACUUGCAUCAAGGAUGGAGCACUGUGUGUCAGAACCUGGUCUCUAUGGGUCAAACCUUUCUUAAAGAAGAAAACAAGUGCAACAUGCUCCAUUUUAUGACCGUUAGAUGCAAUCCUUUGGCUCAGGGAAGUGGCCAGUGCUGCCCUUGGUUGUAAAAUUUGAAGACCCUGUACUGUUAUAAAAGACACUGUUGAAGAGUGUGCAUGUCUAGGGGUGUCUAUUGAACUAUCCUCUUAAAUUGUGAACGCUUUGUAGAAACUGUUUGUUUUUGGUUGAACAGCACCUAGCGUUUCGUUGGUGCUCCUGACAUUCAACCUCCAUGCCUCGUAUGUAUUGUAAAAAUAAUCUGUUAAUAAGUCUCUGUAAUCUCUGUGAAAAGUUGAAUUGGCAAAUAGCUCCAGUUAACCAGGUCUGACUAGGAGCUGGAUUCCAGGAACCAGUGCUACCACUUGAAAGAAACAGAAGUGGAACAACUGAGAAACUACACGGUAGAUUUUGGUUAACUGGAGCUAAGAACUGUAAGGUCCUGACAGCUUUAACUGUUUUUCUGUUAAAGGAAAACCUUAGCUCAUAGCUUCUGUUAGCAAUUGUUUUUCUGAACCCCAAAUGUAAGUACUAGUGAAGUUUACAUAAAUGUUUUAAUUUUAAAAUCAGAUUUAUACUUAAAUUCUCUGACAGCUCUUUAUCAACAUGCAAACACAAGAGUGAUAUGCUGGGCAUGAAAUGCCAGAUGCAUUAUCUUCUGAAUCAUGGCAUAGUUUAAACAGAUGGUACUGUACGUUUGUAGAUCCAUUUAUAUGAUUUAGUGAACACUUCCCUAGAAUCACUGUGCUAAUGCCUUCCUACUGUAAUGUCUGCUUUUACUUUAAUGCUACACUGAGAAUACCUAUCUGAAUGUGACUUUUUUUGCAUAAAAUCAGAUUGGAUUGUCUAUUAAAAUAUGUAUUUAUAAAAUAAAAAUAUAUUUUUGGUGGAAGGAAAGUAAAAAUCUAGGCAUAAUUCCAUUGGGAUAAUGUUAGCAACAUUUUUAUCAAGUUUAUUUUAUAAAUGUUUGUAUCUUGUUAGUUGUCUAACUUCAGUUUGCAGUAAGAACAUCCACUGUAGCUCGCUUAGUAGAAACGCAUUGCACUGCCAUGCAGAGAACCUGGGGUUGGAAGAAUUAGGAUUGUUUUUCCUUCUGGAAUUGAGGGAAACUGAGCAAGUUGCCAUGAAGAAUUUAAGCCCUGGCAGUCAAUCCACCUGACUGGCAUUGGUUUGAGCACUUAGUUUGCUUUAUUUGUUUGCAGAGACUGAAUUGUGGGCGGCGGGGGAGGAGACGGAUGAGAAUAAUUCAGAAUAAAGAAAAUUAGAAUAUGAUUUUAAGGUCUCCCUAUAGGGGGUAGGAGUGUAGAUGUUAGAAGUAAUGAACACAAGGAGUCAAAAUAGUGAGUGAAUUCGCUCACUCAAAGCUAUUUAAUAUUGCCAGUUCAGUCAUCAGUAUUUAGGUUAGGGAAUAUGCUUAAAUAUUUCUAUUAUUUUGGAAAAGGGGUUAAAAUGUGUAUCUUUCAUUAGCAAGUAUUUUGUUUCCUGUAACAAACUGCGAAAUGUUUAAAAAAAUUAAAGGUAAAUUAUUGAUCCUAAAAA